AUGCCAAGAGCAAAAAAAGCAAACAGCAAUACUAAAAGCACUCGCGCAAACUCUACAAACCUUACAAAGCCAAUUGGUGUAAAAAAUGCAGCAUUUAUUAACCAAACCAUAAAACGCUCAAACACCUCAGAAAGGGCCUCUUCCUCCUCCCGUCUUCCUUCUUUGACAUCAAAAAAACUUCCAUCUUCAUCAAUCAUACCCGCAAAACGUGAAACUGCGCCCGCCCAAAGCAACACUCUUAACAAAUAUUUUGUUACUUCCAAGCCAAAGUAUGGACUUAGGCUACCGGAAAAAUUCGUUGUUUUGGAGAAAAUUUUUAAUGCGCUGCAGAUUAGUUUGAAUACAAAUCUUGGACAGAAUCGUCUUUGCGUUUAUCAUAAAAUGAAAAAUCAGGUCGAGGAAAUUUCUGGAAGAAAUUUCGAUCUAACACGUUUUGCGCAGAUAAUCCACGUUUACCCUCAAGCUUUUACUGUUGAAGCUUAUCGCCAUCUCAAUGAGAAUUCGUUCUUAAUAAAUUUUCCAGGUCCUCAAAAAAUAAUGUUGACCCAACAGUUAAAUGAAAGGAAACGUAAAUUCCACGAUUUGUUAUUUGACAUUGUAAAGAAAAAAUAUGAGGGAUACUUGAAAUCGAAAUCAAUAGUCCACCCUAUCGAGACUACCGAUGAAUGGCACGCAGGCUUUGACCUAGAAAGUGUCGAGGAUAUCCCUGAAGCCAAACUACCUCAACUUCACAAACCUCAUUCAUCGCUAAGCUCUCCAAAGAUCCGUCUGAAUAUCAAUAAUAUACCGAAUGCCAUUGAUAUUUCAAAUCCCGUUGAAACACCAAAAUCAUUGGAGUCAUCAUCGCCCGAGUCUAGGCGAGAUUCUUUGCGAGAGCGGAUACGUGCAAAAGAAAUAAUGAAUAAACAGCGACUAAAUAUUAAAACAUUAACUCCAGAAGAAAAGAAAAGACGCUCACAAUUGAGCAGGUUAUCUGACAUUGCGCAAACCCUCUCAUUUAUCUUUGCAAGCAAGUUAAAAGAAAAGAUGCGACUAGAGGAGCUAUCUGAAUCUUUAUCCCGCGCGGAUAGCGAUAGAUUGGUAAUGUCAAAAGUCGAAGCUCGUGAGCAUUUAAGAUUAUUAGCGGAAAUUUUGCCGAUUUGGUGUGAAAUUUUCGCUGUUGAAGGUGUUUCAUAUCUAAAAAUCGAUAAUAAAAUUCAAACUUCAACACUACGUAACAUAAUAGAACGAAAAGUAAAAGAGAAUCUAAGUUCAAAUAAUUAG